AUCGCCUCCUCUUAGUCUUGGGUUUUACAUCAGAUGGAUGUAAAAAAUGCCUUCUUGAAUGGAGAUCUUAAGGAAGAGAUUUACAUGAAGCUUCCACCUGGUAUGUCAAUGAUAGCUGCACAUGAGGUUUGCAAACUAAGACGUUCCUUGUAUGGUUUAAAACAGGCACCUAGGGCCUGGUUUGAGAAGUUUCGCAACACUCUUCUCACAUUUUCCUUCACACAAAGUCAAUAUGAUUCCUCACUCUUCUUUCACAAGACAACCACUGGUAUGGUGUUUCUCUUAGUGUACGUUGAUGAUAUUAUCAUCACUGGUAAUGAUAAUGGGCUGAUCACCAAGCUUCAAAAUAUGUUGUCUAGUACAUUUAAAAUGAAAGAUCUUGGGCAUCUAACAUAUUUUUUAGGGCUGCAAGUUCACUAUGGAGAUCAUGGUUUCCUCCUAAACCAACAUAAAUAUAUUCACAACCUCAUUGAGCUGGCUGGUUUACAGAAUGCUAAUGAUGCUGAUACACCAAUGGAGGUGAAUGUGAAAUACCGGAAAGAUGAAGGCGAACUUUUGCCCGAUCCUUUUUUGUAUAGGCAACUUGUUGGUAGACUUAUCUACCUAACAAUUACAAGGCCCAAUAUCUCCUAUGCUAUUCAUAUAGUCAGCAAGUUCAUGCACUCACCUCGACAUCUCCAUCUUGCUGCAGUUCGUCGCAUAGUUCGAUAUUUGAUUGGGUCACCUACUCGUGGGUUAUUUUUUCCCAAACAAUCUACUCUUCAUUUGACUGCAUAUAGUGAUGCAGAUUGGGCUGGCUGUCCAGAUACUAGGAAAUCUAUCACAAGAUGGUGUGUCUUUCUUGGAGAUGCCUUAAUUUCUUGGAAGUGUAAGAAGCAAGAGAGUGUCUCUAAAUCCUCUACAGAAGCUGAGUAUAGAGCCAUGUCUACUGCAUGUUCAGAAAUUGUGUGGUUGCGUGGUCUUCUUUCUGAACUUGGAUUUCCUUCAAGUGAUCCUACUCCACUUCGCGGUGAUAAUACAAGUGUUAUUCAAAUUGCUGCAAAUCCCGUGUAUCAUGAACGCACAAAGCACAUAGAAGUUGACUGUCAUUACAUCCGGGAAGCGUUUACUCGAGGCGUUAUCACUCUACCUCAUCUUAUUACUGAUCUUCAAGUAGCUGAUGUAUUUACAAAGGCUUUAACACGCCAAAGACACAAGUUUCUCAAUAGCAAAUUGAUGCUGAUAGACUUACCCGCAUCAAUUUGA